CAGUAUGUGCAACGUUUGGACAAUAUCGCACAUAUACAUAUAUUUAAGUAAAGAUCUAUUGUACAUACAAGUCACACGAUGGCAUACGUGGAAAGGAACACGUUCGCUCCUGCGGUCGUCAAACAUAUUUACACUCUCGGCUUCCUAUUCGCAACAGUUCACGGAUCGAAUGCGAACAAUCCAUGUACGGAUGCAUCGACACCACAGCUUGGGUCUCUUCGCCAAAGGCUUGUUGGAUAUAAAUUGGCACAAGGUGAGGACGCUAUCUGCGACACCUAUAUAGAUGAGGGCUGGUAUCUUCUCGAUGGCGUCGUCUUAGCUUCAACAAACCAACGCUGCGGUACAUUAAAAAAUUGGUAUCGUAACACUAACAUCAGUCUACCGGAUAAGUUGAACGUUGAAACUGACAUCGAACUGUGUAGAAAUGGUCCUGGCGGAGAUUGUGACGUUCGAAUGCACUCAUCGGUUAUCAAAUGCGCUGAUGAUAAGUAUGCAUUUCGUCUAAUACCGAUGGCUGGUUGCAUUGAAGCAUACUGUUUAGAACGAAUUUCGAAUGGACCUAUGCCAACUGGACAGCCUCCUGACAUCACUAGCAUUAAGCCGGUAAUAAAUGUAGCAGUCAACCGCGUGAAAGAUGAAAAUGAGCUACAGUUCUACUGUGACUUUAACCCGACUGCAAACACAAAAUUCCAUUACAAGGUUUCAUGGACAAUUUCUCAAAGUUCCCUAUCAAGCCACGAACUGCAUCGCUCGGAACCAGUGAGAUAUCUAAGCCAAGAAGACUUCCGGGGGAAGACCAUGAUGACUGAAAAACACCUCAAAGCACCCACGUAUUUUGGUUUGGGAGUAACAAUUGCCUGCUCUAUUACGGCCAGCGAAGAAUUGGAAACCCCGGAAAGCAAUCCUGUGAUAAGUGAAGAGAAGUUCUGUGGAAUUAAGGCUUUAAACAGCUCAAACUUCGUACAUAUUUCAAACGACAGAGGCGCUGAUAUAUAUUUUGAACUAACAAUUCCGUUUGGGUGUGAAAAGGGCUUUGAAAAUCAGAAUUCGUUAUGCUACUUGGAUGUCACCCUUUUUAUUCCGAAUUCUGAUACAAAUUGCAAUAUCCCAGAUAUUGUGCAGCGCAAAGGUACCAGAAAUUCGUGUGGCAUUAGAUUCCAUAUAAAUGAUGUUGGGAAACCGCAAAAGCUUCACAUUCAGCCAAAGUACCCAAAACUAACGGCAAAUUUAAAUAAUCCCAUGACACUGAUUCUAGCCACUUCCAAGUAUGAAACUCACCAACUGUUCAGUGACUAUGCAGUAGAUACGAUGCAGGUCACAGUUUCAACUGAACAAAACAUCCUUAAUAACAAAUAUUGCUACGCUGUAUGCGACCCGCAUAUGCUGACAUUCGACGGACUUACGUAUGAAAACCAGAUGGCAGGGAUCUUUGAUUUGUACAUUAACACCGAUUAUAAUCAGAAGGUACAAAUACAAACAAAACCCUGUAACAACAAUGGACAAACACCGUUCUGUGUUUGUGGAGUUGCAGUCCAAGCCGGAAGUGACGUUUUUGCUUUAAGUACUUGUUUAAACACCAUUCUUGACGUCAGGUUUGUACGGUGCGAUGACAGGAUUCUAAGAGAAAAGGUAGAGAAAGUAUCAGAGACGUUGUACAGAGUUUCAUUGCCUAGCGGAACAUAUGUGGAAAUAAUUUUGGGCAUAAUGGGACACAAUAUGAACGUCUACGUGUACCCUUCAGUGGCUGACUUUAUGAAAACCUCUGGCUUGUGCGGCUCGUUUGAUGGAACGACUACCAACGAUCGUCUCAACAGGCCCGGUUUUAACGAUCCAGACCCAAACAAAAGCUGGAUGGUGAAUACCGUUGACGAUUUGUUUAACGAACAUGUCGCUUUGAGGCAUUGGGAAGAUCACUAUCGUUUUUGUACAUGCAAUGAACGCUCAACCAGCCCAACGAACAUUGCAACGUGCGACGUGGAUAUCAAGAAAACCUGCACUGCCAAACCACAUUUUGCGGACAGAUGUGUACACUCCUCUCACAGAAAAAGGCGAUCUAAAUUUGGAGAAUAUAGACCGACAGACGAGGGUGAUUUUCAUAAAACUGUCAAUGUUGCGUUUGUGUCAAAAUACCGUGGCGCUAUUAACCAUCGGAAGGAGCGGUCAUUAAAAACAUACACGGAUGAAACUGCGAGGAGUGAUUGCAUGCAACUUCUAAACACCACUGCGUUUCAAAAAUGUUCAAGUAUUCAAGGUCUUGACUUCUCAUCAAUCAUUAAUGAUUGCGUCCUCGACGCUAAGAUAACAGGAACUAUGGACUGGACAAUGUCACACUUGGAAACAAUAAAAUCCUCAUGCAUGCAACAAAUCGAUAUUCAAAAGAUGCCGCCGAAGGAAGAUUUAGAUGGAAUGACUAUCACUAUCAACGGAACAUCGUAUUCCAACAUUUCUGUUGACAACGCAUCUCUUUCGCUAUCAUCCGUAAUAACUCAAGAUAUGUUUGAGGACAUCCGCAUGGUGUCAUGCCUAAGGGAGUGCAGCGGACAAGGAGACUGUACCAAUGGUUCUUGUAUCUGUAAGAAAGGCCAUAGUGGGGAGGAUUGCUCAAUAGACUCAACAAGGCCCCCAGAAAUGAAAGGAAUUCCGGAUGAUGGUUUUUGCGACUUGCAGGAACGAGUUUGCAAGAAAACGUCUGUUUUUGGAAACAAUCUUGCAUUCGAUAAUCAGGUCAAAUGCAAAAUUAAGCCUUUAGAGAUACACGUAACGCAUGAAAUUGUGACUAAAGAAGACUAUCGCGUGAUAGGUGUACCUCAGACUUACAUGGAGGUUUCAUGUCAGCUUGCACAAAGAAAGAAACGAUCCGUGGAUGCUGAAAUUGACGACAUUAUGGCGAGAGUUUACAAUAUUUCAUUGAGUAACAACGGUGUCAACUUUAGCGAAAAAGACACAUUGCUUGUGUACGACUCAGCCUGCGUAAACUGUAACAAGACAGAAGAUACAUUUACAUGCAAAAAACUGACCGGUUUCUGUGUCAACGACGGAAAGUGCCAUAGAAUUGGUUAUACGAUUGGUUGUUAUGUUUGUGCUGUCCUUGGCAAUGGGUCCGCAGAAUGGCAACCAGGUCCAGGCUGCACCACUACAUCGUAUGCCUCGAAGAAUAAUGGAACUCGAAACGGCUUGACCAGCAAUACGAUUGGACAAGGUUUGACAAAAAGCAUGACUCAAAAUGGCUUGAAGGGCAAUACGAUUGGAGAUGGUUUGACCAAAAGCACGACUCGAGACGGCUUGACCAGCAAAACGUUUGGAGAUGGUUUGACAAAAAGCAUGACUCAAGACGGCUUGACGGCUCGUCCGAUUACGAAAUCCAAUGGAGACCGGUUAAUGGCUCAUACCAUUGUAUAUGUGCUUGUUGUACUGUUGUGUUGACUACUUUUAUUUUGUUGACAAUACUUGAGUAUUGAAUCAACUUUUUUUUUAAAGAUUGUCUUUGUCGGUUCCUUUUUGUAAAUGAAACAAUUACCUGUUUUGCCAUCAAACUUUUCGUUUCGGACAUUGUGGUCUAUACAUAAUGCCAUAUCAUAAAUUCAUGGAUUAAAGAUUGUAGUAUAUAAUUUGCUUGUGUAAUCAAUUAUAUUUUAAGCAUGAACUUAACUUCAACUCCGACGAUUAUUGUUCUUACGUGACUUUGACAGUUUGUACAGAAAGUACAUUAUGCCUCGAUUGAAAAAACGGCUUGUGAACGUACACCUUUGUAUACUUUUUGCUUUACACAUACCUUAUAAUGCUUUGCAUAUUCAUCUAUUUGAAUUAUUCAAAGAAAAUACCGCUAAAAUUAUUUAAUCGGCUAGAUAUUGUUUCAACCAAGAAUCAGUUGUAUUGUCUGUAUAACAUUAAAUUUAUUGUGUAACAUGACUCAUAUAUACUGCACAUUAGCGCUGCUGUAAUCCUGCAAUUUCAGUCAUAGGACUAUUUAUAGCAUUCAAAUCUUGAAAUUGGAAUAGCCAAUCAGAAUUCACGGCUCAAUGAUUCCCUAUUUUCAAGAUGGCAAGUUGACAAUAUCAACACAAUCGAUUAUUUAUUAUUAUUACAGAUGAUGAAGAUUUGAAGAAAAGGCAAAACAUAUAAGCACCAAAGUUGCAUAAUAAACUGAGAUUAACGUAAUUAAUAUGACAGACUAUAUAUCUUGUUCGCUUAAAUUAACACAAAUGUUUAUAUAAAAGGAAUUGUUAAAACUAGCCAUUUGAAUAAAUGAACAACGGGGUUGUCAGAGAGGCUCAUCAUGGACAACACUUUCCGUUUUUUUUUUGUUUAAAAAAAAAAAAGUCUCUUCUAAACAAAAAGUCCAUUAUAGGCGGAGAGUGUAUUCCUGAAAAUCAUGUGCGUAUUGCACAUGCUUAUCUGGAAUGACACUUUAAGCACAUGCAAUAAACCCCGUUCUCCCAGCUCAAUUUAAUCCAUAGAACAAAACAUAAGUGCUUGUGAAAUAGAUCUUUAUUACAGUUUGAACUAAUCUGUUUUGUAAGAAGUACUUUAUUAUGUGCAUGUUCGAAUUGUAUAGUUUGCAUAACAUUAUAUUUAUUGUGAUAUAUGACUCAUAUUUACUUCACAAAAUCGCUGUUUGAAUCUUGAUAUGGAUUUAAUAAAAAAUGUCUUAUG